AUGUCGGAGCUGAAAAGGUUAAAAAUUGCGCGGGCGCAUUGCAAAGGAGCGUUGACGCGAAUUGAAAGUUUUGUUCGCGAACCAGCUAAUAUUGCUUCAGCAACAAUAGACGUUUUAGAAGCUCGUAAAGAUAAAUUAAUUUCAGUUUUAAAACAAUAUGAAAGUAUUCAGUUGGAUAUUUUAGGCCUAGAUGAAGAGGACUCUGAGGAUAUUGGUGAGAUGGAAGAUAAGUAUUAUAUGACUCUUGGUAAAAUAAAUGAAGCAAUUAAAAUUCUUAAUAAAUCAGAGCCCUCUCAAUCUAAUUGCAUGUCUUCGUCUAAAUUACCUAAUGUGGAAGUUCCCACAUUUGAUGGUAAAGAUUGUACAAAAUUUAAACCAUUUUAUGAAUUGUUUAUUGCUGUCAUUGAUAAUAAUAGGACUUUAUCGGAUGUCCAAAAGUUGUUUUAUCUACGCAAAUAUUUAUUAGAUGAAGCCUUAUCAGUAAUUGUUAACUUGCCCUUAGUAAAUAAAUCAUAUCAGGAAGCACUAACUUUGCUUAAAAAACGGUUUGAUAAUAAGGCACGUUCUAUAUGUAACCAUAUAAAUAUACUUUUGGAUAUUCCACCUAUGCUCAAAGGGACAGCAGCCUCAAUACGGACCUUUAUUUCUCAAGUACAGCAGCAAUUACACGCUUUAAAAAACUUAGAUGAACCAAUUGAUAGUUGGGAUCGGGUUUUAAUUUGUAUCCUCAAUAGGAAACUGGAUUCAUACACAAUCCGUGCUUUUCAGUUAGAGCGUCCACAAUCCACAAAUAUUACCAACAAUGGUGGAAUUUAUAGCAUUUUUGGAAAAACGUGCUAUGGCACUAUAGUCGUAUUUUUAAUUAGACGAAGCCAACUGACAGUAGCUAAUGUCACUUUGUAA